AGAGAGAGAGGAGCAUCGCUGGGUGGCUUGCAAGAGCAUUUGAAAUUAGUGAGGGAGUAUGCUCUGGAAGGACUCUACGACACCUCCAUUAUCUUCUUCGAUGGCACCAUUGCUCAGAUCAACAACUUAGUUUUAGAGUGAUGCUCAUUCCUGAAUUUGAGGGCAUGUCAACGGAAUUCAAGGUGUACAUAUUCUCAUCCGACACAAGUAAAUGGAGUGAGUCUCUGGUGUCAUGCCCGGCCCCCGAAGGAUUUGAAUUGGCUUCUUUUGCCUUCCCCGCUGUUCCUUAUAAUGGCUUGCUAUUUUGGUGUAGUAGGGAUGGCUCCCUUUUUGGGUUUGAUCCUUACAACAGUGGAUGCUAUCGAUUCAUUCAGAAGCCCCUAGAAUUGAACACUUCCUUUGAUAAUGGGUGCCUUGGAGUAUCUCACGGUGCCUUGAGGAUAUCCCAGAUUUCAGACCACUUCUCUCUUCCUGUUUUACGCGUUUGGGAGUUCAAAGAUAAAGGAGAGGAAGGAGGCAAAUGGUGCUUAGAGCACCGGCUGUUUGUUAAUGAAAUGGUUUUGGAAAAGUCCCCUUGGCUCACAAAAAACGUUGUCAAGAGGAAAUAUCCUGCUGUGAUGGUCCUAGCCUUUCAUCCAAAUGACCGGGAUAUCAUGUAUUUGGUGAUUCAUUUUAAGGUGGUAUCAUGCAACUUGCGCAGGAAAACACUAGAAGUGGUUCGCGAUUUGCCAGAUCCUCAAUACCUUUCCGGUGGCAAAAAUGUCUUCAACUUUGUGCUCCCUUGUUGGCCAACUCCCAUUCAUUCUUCUCCCUUCCUAUAAGUGAAGGCAGCCUAUCUAUUCUACUGCUUGCUAAUGCUAAUGCUAGCUGGUGUCUUUAAAGCUUUUUGCCUUUUGGGGGUUUCCGUAUUAUGGUUUGCCUAAAUUAGGCUUUUGUGAAUUCCCCACAAAACUUUUAACCUAGCAAAAUAUGUAUUUGUUAAAAUUUUUCAUAAUCUAUUUUUUUAUGGAUAGUGGUUGCUUAUCAAUUAUUGAAUGUAAAACUAGUUAUUGUAAUUUUGAAUGAGAUGAAUAUUAUAGCCUUGCAUGGGCCUCUUCUGUUU